AUGAAUGGUCCUACAUAUUAUAGCGAAAACUCUUUGCUAGAAGAUAGACAUUUUAUCCCUGAAUUAAUUGAACAAAUCCCUAUUACUACACAACCAUUAAUCAAAAAAGAAAUUAGUGAGACAUCAACAAUAAAUCUAUCUCAAGAACAAGAAACAAUCACCCCAGUUAGUUUAACUCAAUUUUUGAGAAUAAACAUACCAACAACAACACCAAGACUCCCUUCAAAUUACAAUUCUCAUCAAAAUUAUGAACUUGAAUUAUUAUUUGAACCAGAAGUUAAAAGAAAAUUACAUGUAAUACAAUCUGAACUUAUUUAUGAAUCAUAUAAAUAUAAAUUAAAUUGUUUAAAACAAAUAAAAAAAUGUUUAAAUAAAACAAAAGACACUUAUUUCAAUUUUAAUCAAUCUCAACUGGACCAAACAAUUGCUAAACUCAUUGAUUUGACAAAAAAAGCAAAAAAAGAAUAUAAGAAGCAAAAACUUCAACGACUUUAUCAUUUAUUACAUCUUAAUUGA